AUGUCUCAUAUAUCAUACCCAUUUAAAAAAACUAACAAAUCUGUGUACCAAAAGCCGGCGUCCGUCCUUACAGAAGACAACAUUUAUUGGAAGAAAUUAGGGCAACCCGUUUUGGUUAAAGAAUUUGGCGCCAUCGACUAUUUGGAUUUCAGUCCUGUGGAACCGUAUUAUUUUGCUGCAACAUGCUCUGUCAGAAUACAGAUUUAUGAUCCAAUAACAAAAAUUGUUGCAAAGAACAUCUCCAAAUUUGUUGAAGCUGCAUAUGGUGGUUGUUUUAGAAGUGAUGGAAGACUUUUAGUAGCUGGAAGUGAAGAAGCAGCUGUAAAAUUAUUUGAUGUUCAAUCUAAAAAUGUGUUACGAGUAUUUACUGGUCAUACUGGACCUGUACAUAGAACAUUUUUUACGAAAGAUCAAACCAAAGUUAUUAGUUUUUCUGAUGAUAAAUCUGUAUGUUUGUGGGAUAUAGCUACAGAACAGAAACUCACAAACUUUUCAGAACAUGCAGAUUAUAUUAGAGCAGGUGCUCCAAGUCCAGUAUCUCCGGAUCUUAUUCUGUCUGGUGGUUAUGAUCAUGCAGUAAAACUGUAUGACUGUAGGACAAAUGGAACAGUUUUAUCUGUAAACCAUGGGUGUCCCGUGGAAUCCACAAUUUUUAUACCAUCUGGCGGUUUGUUCAUAAGUGCAGGUGGGACUGAAAUAAAAGUGUGGGACAUAUUUAAUGGUGGAAAGUUAUUAGCUAAUAUUUCCCAGCACCAUAAAACUGUAACAACGUUAAGGUUGUCAAGUAACAGUAGUAGAUUAAUGUCUGCCUCUCUUGACAGGCAUGUGAAAAUAUAUGAUAUAUCAACAUUUAAAGUGGUUCAUAAUAUUGAUUUUCCUAAUGCUAUACUUAGUAUGGCAAUAUCAGAAAAUGAUGAUGUUUUAGCGGUAGGAAUGAUUGAUGGUGUGAUAUCAAUAAGAAAAAGAGAACAGCCAGUAAGGCAUUCAGAAGAAAAAAAAGGGUUGUAUAAAUUUGCUCCAGAUCACGUUCAAACAUCCUCUGUUGAUGUUAUUGUGAGUAAACAAAAAAUAGAGAAAAGCUCAAAUUUUGAGAAACAUCUUAGGAAAAUGGAAUUUGAUAAAGCUUUAUCAGCUGUAUUAAAAUCCUAUGUUGCAGUAAAAUAUCCUGAAAAAACUAUAGCACUAAUACAAGAAAUGCUUCGACGAAAAGUGUUGCAUGUUGCAUUGGAUGGCCUGUCGGAAAAAGAUAUUGGUUCACUGCUAAGAUUCUUUAUAAAAAACCUUGGUGAAACAAGAUUCACGAGAACAGUGAUUGAUGCUGCCAAUGUUUUUGUUGAUGUAUUUGAGAAUCAAAUAAAAAUGUUUUCAGAGCAAAAUUUGUGGUUAUGUAAUUCACUUCAAGAAGAAAUUAAACAAGAAACUGAUGUGUCUAAAAGAGCUAGUGAGUUAGAAGGUGCUAUAGGCCUUCUUUUGUCUGGAGCACAAACUAACACUACCAAGGAUAUAUUAGAAAUUAAUGAUAUCCUUACACCAUCAUCUAAAGCUCAAAAAGAAAUUGUUAUUGAUGUAUAA